CUCUUCUUCGCAGAACGACUCAUAGUUUGUUCUAGACACUCAAAAAGUGUACAUUGCCAGUUUUUGUGAGGUUAAAGUGAGGUUUUGUUUGUGAGAAUGACCACGUACACAGACAAGGGACCCCAACCCGAUGGCGGGCGCUUCCUGUGCUUCGAUCACAUCACUUUCUGGGUGGGAAAUGCCAAGCAGGCCGCCAGCUACUAUGUCACUCGCAUGGGAUUCGAGCCUCUGGCCUACCAGGGUCUCGAGACCAACUGCAGGAAAGUCGUGAAGCACGCCGUGAAGCAGAAUAAAAUAGUUUUUGUAUUCGUUUCCGCGUACGAGCCCGGCGACACGGAGUUCGGCGAUCAUCUGGUGAAGCACGGCGACGGCACGAAGGACAUCGCCUUCGAGGUGGACGACCUGAGCGUGAUUGUGGCCAGGGCGAAGCAGCGCGGCGCCACGCUGGUGAAGGACAUCUGGGAGGAGCGGGAUGAGCACGGCACGGUGCGCUUCGCCGUGGUGCAGACGUUCGGCGACACUACGCACACCUUCGUGGAGCGCACGAACUACCGCGGCGUCUUCCUGCCCGGCUUCAAGGCGCCGAUGGAGGGCGAGGAUCCGCUGGUGAAGCUGCUGCCGCGCGUGGGACUGAACUUCAUCGAUCACACAGUGGGCAAUCAGCCCGAUUUGCAGAUGGAGAGCGUGGCGGCGUGGUACGAGAAGACGCUCAUGUUCCAUCGCUUCUGGUCCGUGGACGACUCGCAGAUCCACACGGACUACUCGGCGCUGCGCUCCAUCGUGAUGACCAACUACGAGGAGACCGUGAAGAUUCCCAUCAACGAGCCGGCGAACGGGAAGCGCAAGUCGCAGAUUCAGGAGUACGUGGACUACUACGGCGGCGCGGGCAUUCAGCACAUCGCCCUCAACACGGACGACAUCAUCACGGCCAUCAGGAAUCUGAGGGCGCGCGGCAUGAACUUCCUCACCAUCCCGGACUCCUACUAUGACAUCCUGAAGAAGCGCCUGCAGACGAGCAAGGUGAAGGUGAAGGAGGACCUCAAGGUGCUGCAGGAGCUGCAGAUCCUCAUCGACUACGACGAGGACGGCUACUUGCUGCAGAUCUUCACCAAGAACAUGCAGGAUCGCCCCACAGUCUUCCUCGAGGUGAUCCAGAGAAACAACCACAACGGCUUCGGAGCCGGCAACUUCAAGUCCCUCUUUGAGGCCAUCGAGUUGGAUCAGGCCAAGCGGGGCAAUUUGUAAGACAGUCAAUAAAUUCAUUUCAACACGUUACUCACGCUUUCUGCCGCGCCUCGCCAGCCGAUCGUUCGGUGACGCUUCCUGGGUGGGCUGCGUGGGUGGGAAGCCGAGA